AUGUCUAUAGUAAAUGAGAAAAUCCAAGGCCAGCAAGCGCGGAGCAAGUUUGGGCUGCCGGCGGCCCGUAGUUCCCCUGGCAACCGGCAGGAAGCGUCGGCGGCGCCGGGGGCCCGCGGGGAGCGGGGACGGCGCUGCCCGGAGCCCGGCGUGCCCCGAGACCGGCGUGCCCGGAGCCCAGACCCCGGCGUGCCCGGAGCCCAGCGUGCCCAGGCAGCGGGAGCCGGGGCCGGGACAGGCGGCCCCUCGUGCUCCGCGGGGUCCCUGUGUGUCCCACGGUGCUCGGGAGGGCCGGGCCGGGGGCUCUGUGGGAACUCGCCGGAGCUUCUCUGCCUGAGCCUCUCGGCCGUGACGGCGCUCGAAGCCCCUCAUGUGUUUCUCUCUCUGCACUGCGGGAGAGUUGGUACUCGGCAGGGAAGCAAUGUUCUAAGAAUGUCAUCAGGCAUCCAAAUAAAAACAAAGUCUGCAGCCCAGAAAAGCAAGAAAUGUUCUCCAGAAUCACAGCCAAAGCCUAGUGCCAAGCUGAAUCCUAAAACUAUUGAUCCAGUAUGUUUUCGUGCUUAUUCUCAACCAUCAUCUGCAUUUGCUGCUACAUAUGCUAGGGGUGGCAUUCCCUGCAGGUUAGUGCAUGGGUCAGUAAAGCACAAACUGCAGUGGGAAUGCCCUCCUGAAACUGUUCCCUUUGAUCCUCUUCUUUUAACAUUGGCAGAGGGAUUAAGAGAGACAAAACAUCCCUAUACUUUUGUUUCCAAGGAAGGUUUUAAAGAAUUACUUCUGGUCGAAGGUGCUGCUGAAAAAGUUAUUCCCUUGUUGCCUCGUCUAGUUCCAGUCUUAAAGGCUGCAUUGGCCCAUGCAGAUGAUGAAGUAUUUGGAAGGGGAUUGGAUGCUUUAGUACAAUUGAGUGCUGUGGUUGGCCCAUCUCUUAAUGAUCAUCUUAAGCUUCUACUCACAAAUCUUUUAAAGAGAUUAAUGGACAAGAAAUAUAGAGAAGAAGUUACUGUUGCUUUACAAAAGUUGGAGCACUGUGGUGGAAAGGCAACUGUGGCAAUCAUCAAAUCUAAAAUUCCAACCUAUUGUUCUAUCUACUCUUGAACAAGGAAACUGUAGUGAUUUAUACUGCAAGGUGAAGUUUGGAAAGAAACUGUAAAUAUCACUGGCGCUUAUUUGGGGUAUGAUAUAUUCUGUUAAAAUAAUAAUUAUUCCCCAGUAUAUUCCUCAGUAUAUAUUCCUCAGGAGUCUUAUCAGUUUGUGAAUAUGUAAUUAUGGAAGACUUUUCUUUGUAUAUUUGUAUAUGCAUUUGGCUUACAAUGACACUGAUUAAUGUGCUAUUGUUUCAAGAGCAGAAUAAAUAUUGAUUCUUAUUUAGUUUUUAAUUACAAUUUCAUGUAUUAUAUCUGCAGUGCUUUAUAUGUUUUGUGUAUUUGUGUGAUGCAAAAUAAUUUUGUUGUAAUUACUUAAAUAAAAUCUAACUUGGUGCUAAAUCACAUAUGUUUAGCUGCUUUUGAAAUACAUAACUUCUUUUGUGACGCAGCACA